CCCUGUGCUGGAGCGUGUGUGUGUGUGUGGAUGCGAGCACUCUUUUCUCUCCUGUUAUUUGAGUGGCUGCAGGUACUGGUGUCUGCCUCUAUGCCUCUGUGCCAGAGGGAUAAAGAGGGAAAGACAGAGGACUAGUGCUUCAUAUCCCCCCUCUGGCCUCCCCGUCUCCCUGCUCCCUGUCACUCCAUCCUUCCUUCCUCCCUCCCGGACCACCCAUCAGCGGCUGGAUCAACCCGCCCGGACCCUCCUCCCAUAGCCCCUUUGACUAUCCUCACUUCACCGUCCCGUCUAGAGAAGUGUGUUCAGGGAUUUCGGAUCGCUUGGAGUUAAAGACUGGAUUUGACAGCGCCGUCACAGACGUGAGAGAAUCUUGGUUUGGAGAAGCAGAAGAAAACCAUUAAAAUAAAAAAAAUAAAAAAAACCCUAGAAAGAGGAACAGCAAGGAGUUGCUCAGGUGAGGUACACUGGACAGACUGAACUCCUCCGAGUCUUCUGGAAGUGUGACGGCGCGUGGUCACAUGACCUGGAAGAGAAAACCCAAGAGACCUCUGGGAUCCCUCUCUGAAUGGGCCAGUUAUCAACCUGGAAAGAAGUCUAAAGGCUGAUGAACUGAUCCGCACGGCGACACAGCUGCGCUCUCUUCCCCUCUUCAUCUGGCCAAUCUCUCUCCAUUUAUGUCCUGAGAGCCACAACUUUCUGCAACUCUGGUGACUGGUUGGCUGCUGUACCAUCAUUAUCGUCCUGCUCCUGGGGAUUUCCUGUCACGUGACCAUAUUCCUGCUUCACCUCCACUCCCAGUAUGGAACCCAGUAAAGUGCAGUCGGAGGGCGGCCUGAAUGUGACCCUGACCAUCCGGCUCCUCAUGCACGGCAAGGAAGUGGGAAGCAUCAUCGGAAAGAAAGGAGAAACUGUGAAGAAGAUGCGUGAAGAGAGCGGCGCUCGCAUCAACAUCUCAGAAGGAAACUGUCCCGAGAGGAUCGUCACCAUCACUGGACCCACAGAUGCCAUCUUUAAGGCCUUCGCUAUGAUCGCGUACAAGUUUGAAGAGGAUAUAAUCAACUCCAUGAGCAACAGUCCAGCCACCAGUAAACCUCCGGUCACUCUGCGUCUCGUGGUGCCCGCCAGUCAGUGUGGCUCCCUCAUCGGCAAAGGAGGAUCCAAAAUCAAAGAGAUGAGAGAGUCCACAGGAGCUCAGGUGCAGGUAGCAGGAGACAUGCUGCCCAACUCCACAGAGCGUGCAGUGACAAUCUCCGGCACCCCGGAAGCCAUCAUCCAGUGUGUCAAACAGAUAUGUGUGGUCAUGCUGGAGUCCCCACCGAAAGGUGCCACCAUUCCCUACCGCCCAAAGCCCGCCUCCACCCCCGUCAUUUUUUCAGGUGGCCAGGUAAGAGCCGACCCGCUGGCGGCGUCCGCAGCAAACCUCAGCCUUUUACUGCAGCACCAGCCACUGCCUGCCUACACAAUUCAGGGACAAUAUGCCAUUCCACACCCAGAUCUCUACUGUCCCUCGAACCCUCAGCAGUUGACCAAGCUCCACCAGUUGGCUAUGCAGCAAACCCCCUUUACCCCCCUCGGACAGACCACCCCUGCUUUCCCUGGUCUGGAUGCCAGUCCCCCGGCCAGUACUCAUGAACUCACCAUUCCCAAUGAUCUAAUAGGCUGCAUAAUCGGGCGCCAGGGAACCAAAAUCAACGAGAUCCGUCAGAUGUCUGGAGCUCAGAUCAAAAUAGCUAAUGCCAUGGAAGGGUCAUCAGAGCGCCAGAUCACCAUUACAGGAACCCCCGCCAACAUCAGCCUUGCCCAGUACCUCAUCAACGCAAGGUUCAGAGACGUGGCAGCCAUGUGGAAUGACCCCUCAUCAAUGACUACAUCCUGAAGCCCCAAACUGCUUUCAUUAUGUGAAGCUCUCAGCAGCUGAUUCCCAAUAUACGUCCCUAUGUACAAUCUUCCUUUAGAUCUCACCGAAUCCUUCCCUUAAACCCCACGGUCAACUUCAUCAGUAGCUUCAUUCAUGUAGGCAGACUACUGAAAUAAAAAAUGUAAAAAAAGAAACGCAGGACAACUGUAGUAUGAUUUGUUCAUGUUAUGCAGUGUUUCAGUGUAGUAUUUUAGCAUGCUGAAUGCUUGGAUCUUGUUCUAGAUUUCUUUAUUCUUUAAGGUUUUGCUAGAUUAGCUGAGUACGGUUGCUGCGUAAGUCUUGACAGCAAAUGUUAAAUGGUUUGAAUUGCAUCCAAUAGCAUUUUUUAGCAAUGCUGUUGGCAAGGAGCCAGUGAUGUGAUGCAGACGUACAAAUGCAUGUCCGAGUCGAGGAGGUGUUGGAAACUGUGUUUCUUUAGUGGCAGAACAAUUUUAUUCUAAUAUUUAACAGUGGCUUGAUUGUUUUCAGCUCGACCGAAUCGAAAGAAAUGCAUGACUGUUAUUUUUAUUUGUUCGUUAUUAUUUAUUUCUCAACAUGGAGAGCAACAAAGUGGAAAAAGCUAUUAUUUUUAUACAGAAGUGUCACAUGCUUUCGGAAUUAUUUUAUGUUAUCUAUUUUUUCUAUCUUUUCCUUCCCCUUCCCCUUUUUUCCUCUUCCCUUGAACUAUUCUAGGCUGACGUCUGAGGUCACUGGAAUGGGCACUCUCUAAUUUCUACCCAUGAUCCUUCACUGCAUCACAUGACCCUUGAGCCAAUGGCAUUGCACCUAGUUUGUUUUCUCUCUGUACUUUUGCUGUCCUGUAUUUUCAGUACUUCUGACUCAUUUAUAUUCUAUACCGUGCACAUAUUUAAGCUGAGUUUAAUGUUCCUCCUGCUCAACCUUUGUUGUGCUCCUGAUGCUCCUUUUUAUUACCUGUUUAUUUCGAAAGACACUUUUUUUUUGCCUCUCUAGUACCUCACAUCUCCAUUGUCCUGUUUGACCAUUGUGAAUUCAUGUUUCAGCUCCGUUUUCUGUGGUGUGGUACAGCUAAGCCAAUGAAAUCCUACACUUGUCAAUCUGUCAUUAGCUAUGGCUGGAUUUGUCGUUUUUAAAGCAGCGGUCUUUAAAAAUGCACUGUGCUCCAGCGCUUAUAACAGUGCUAUUCAUACAUGAAUAAUGAAACAAACUGAUGGAGUUGGAAUGUUUGCACCACGCCUGUACGCUUUGUUUGCAUCCGUCUUUGUGGCAUGCAGAGUUACACCGAGAAUCCAUUAUUAGCUUCUGUAUUCGCUUUCAAAACAGAGAGGAGAAAAGCUUGUAAACAAAGGGUAAGCCACGCCGGCUGAUUUAUUGCAUGCUGAGACCUUUCAAUUCGGCCCGCAAUCUAAGUUGAAGUCAUUGAAUAUAUCACAGCAGAAUUAUUUCUGGAAUAUUUUUAUAUGCAACAUACGUAGGAGAAAUACAGCUUUAUUUAUCCCUUUGGAAGUGAACACAGAUCUGCUGAUAAUGAAAUCCUUCCCAUGCUUCUCUACUAUACUACAUCUGUGAGUAUGGUAAAGCUCUCAUAGGGUCCAAAAUGAACAUUUUCACAAUUGUGGAUGAAUUUAAAACAUUUUGAUGUAAGUAUUAUGCAUUGUUUUUGCAAUUUGCAUGAUUGGCCUCAUUUAUAAAAUGCGCAUAUGAUCAGGUUUGUUACAAAAUUCUGUGGAUUUCUGACAGAUGUCAAGAACAAAUCAGGAAUUUUAAAUGUCAACUGAUGAUUCAAUCAUGCUUAUUCAAAUGCAAAGUUAAUUUGACAAUAAAACAAUAGUAAACAGGGCGGCAUGGUGGCUCAGGGCUGAGCACUGUCGCCUCACAGCUAGAAGGUUGCUGGUUCAAGUCCAAGCUGGACCAGUUGGGAUUUCUGUGUGAAGUUUGCAUGUUCUUGGGGGUUACCUCUAAGUGCUCCCACACAGUCCAGAGACAAGUGGUAGAGGUGAAUUGAAUAAACUAAAUUGGCCGUAGUGUAUGUGUGUGAAUGUGAGAGUGUAUGUGUGUUUCCCAGUACUGGGUUGGCAUCCGCUGGACAUAUGCUGGAUAAGUUGGCGGUUCAUUUUGCUGUGGCGACCACUGAUAAAUAAAGGGACUAAGCCAAAGGAAAAUGAAUGACAAUGGUAAACAAUAAUCAGUUACUUAAAUUAAAGUAAUAAACUAAUUACU